UUGUUAUUUAGAUUUGGAGAGCGUUCCAGAGCUUCCGGUGUAUGUGAUGUAGGUUGUUAGUAGCUUUAUGUAUUCUACGCGUAUGAUAUAGCACGAUAUAAGAAUGACCAAGGUAAGGAAACAAAAGAAGAGCAAGAAGUAUCGUUAUGUCAACAGGAAGAAACUCAAGAGAAGAAAGUCAAAACUUCCUUCUAUAAAAUGUCCACAAGUAAAGAAGGCUUGGGAACAGAGAAGAACAGUUGAGCAAAAUUUAAAUGACAUGGGUUUGGCAUAUGACCCAAACAAGGCACUUAAAAUACCAAGUGCAAAGGAAUUACUGCAGCCAAUGGAAGUCGUUGAAGAAAGUAGUGACUGUGGUGAUGAGAUGAGUCUCCACAUAAAAGAUUAUGUAACCAAGGAACUGGAGAGUGAAGCCAAGGCUCCGAGAGUGAAGAACUUCAGACUGCCAAAUAAUCAAGUCACAUGGCUCACAUAUCUCAUGGAUAAAUAUAAAGAUGAUUACAAGGCAAUGGCAAGGGAUCCUAAGAACUAUUAUCAAGAAACUUGGAGGCAAAUUCGAAACAAAAUAAAGAAGUUUAAAAAUAUUCCGGAGCAAUAUAGCAAAUACAUGGAAUCCCAUAAGAAGCAGAGUUCAGUUGAAAGUUCUUGAUCGCAUUUGUAUUAUACAGUUAAUUCCUUUUCUGUUAUUGUCCAUCAUCUAUAGAUAUAUUUCAGUCAGAAAUGAAUGUGUCUUGACAGUAACUCGCUACAAGGGUACACUUUGUCAGAAAGCAUAAUGUGUAACAAUAACACAGACCUGAGAUGCAUUCUAAGGAA